AAUACACACAUUUUCAGCCUCAAUUUAUAAAAAGAAGCACAAGCUUUUCAUUCGUGAACGCGCUAACAGUAGGAUAUCGAUGGGCACGCUGACAAAGUAGCGUGAACGAUCUCAAGGGGUAAUAGUGUGUGUGUGCUGUGGGGUCUUCUGCUGGACUGGACAGCUGCUUGCGCCUGCACUUGAACAAAACGCUUGAAGCCGCACACGGUUUGUGCUGCUGAUCUUCCGACAUCUUUACUCACCCUUGAUUGUGAGGGUGGUAUGCAAAGCUGUGCGCCAAAGCUGUGCGCCAAAGCUGUGCGCCAAAGCUGUGCGCCAGAGUGGUCAACCCUGUAUUCGCAAUACAAACAAACAGUGACAGAAGAAGAACCUCCUUCAAUCUAGCAGCUCACACCGAAUUUAAGCCACGAGCGUCGACGCAUAUUGCAAGAUGCCACCGAAGUCAACGCCAACAUUCGAAUUCGUGUCUGUCAAUCCAAAGGAUGCUGCUGUCCGUCGACUCGACCCGGACGCCAUGUUCCGCGUGCGCCGACAAGCCAUGGUCGUAGCUUAUCGCGGCCGAGACAAGACAAAUCUACAAGUCGCUACUAAGAAAGUUCCAUCACUAACAAAAGCCUGCGAAACGCAUCGAUGGCUUGCAACUGAGCAAGGAGCGUUCAAGUCAAAGCAAGUCAAGCGAAAAAGAAAGCCUCUCGUACAUCACCUACGUGAAGACCAGGAGCAAGAGUUUGAAAUGGCACUGGAUCCUCUUCUAACUCUCAGCGUGACGGAUUACGCUGCUCUUAGGAACGAGUUUGGGGUGGACAUUGUCAGUCUUGCCGUGCUUGGAGAGCUUGAUGUCGGGUUAUUCGCGUUCGAUUCAUUGAACAAAAGACCCGGUCGAAUCUCGGAGGUAUUGAGUCAAGGACACUCAGAAUCGUGGCUGAGGCAUCUUCCAAGUCACUAUGGGUAUUGUGAGUAUCUUGAUGAUGCUAUCCGUUGCGUCUCUGCUCGACUGAAUCAACGUAUUGCUGGGACCGUAAAUGAGGUUGUUGUCUGGAGAUUGUAUGGAAAAGCACUGCGGAGCUUGCAGAACGCGAUCGAGUCACCUGGUGGUUGGAUGAAUACUAAUGUGCUAUAUGCUUCACACUUACUGGCAAUGUUUGAGUUGCUUGCCCCUGGUCAAAGGUAUAUCUCGGAUGGCUGGAACCGACAUAGGACCGGGACUAUACGAUUACUUGAGUCGAGGGGCCCGGAGCAUUAUAGCACAUCAUUCGAUCGAGCCAUACUGCGAGCGCAAGCGAUGUCAGUGGUAAGUGAUCGACGAUCCUGUUCUAGUCGUUGACCCUCGCUAAAAUUAACUAUAGCCGAUCGAAGCACUGGUGAACCCACGUCAGAGUUGCUUCUUUGGUACUUCACGAUGGCGA